CCCCAAAAUAUAUUAAACAAACAAACUCUCCCCAAAAGCUUUAAACUUUCUCUUCUUUUACUUACUCAACACUGCACUUCCCAAAACCAAAAAAAAUGAAAACAAAAUAAAUAAAAAGGCCUACUAAUUCAAAAUUAAAUCCAACCCCAAACUAAUUUUUUUUUUUUAAAGAAUCUGAUCUGUUCUCUUUCUUGAUGGACUUCCAUCUGAAGCAAUGGAGAAACCAGCAGGAUGAGUCAGAAAAACACCAACAAGAACAGCCCUCUGCCAAAAUGCCAAGACUUGUUCUUGAUCUUCAUUCUACUCAUCAAUCACACCCCCAAAUUUUCUCAAACGCCUCUGCUAAUUCUGCUCCUCUAUCUUUAUUUUUACCCGAACCCAACACUAAAAUCAGCAAUUUGUCAGCAUUGCCAGAUUCAACCACAGCUCCACCUGCCACCACUGCAUUUCCCAGGAUGGGAUCAGGCAGUGGGUUCUUUAGCUCAGCUCAGUGGCAAGAAUUAGAACUUCAAGCUUUGAUCUACAGAUAUAUGUUAGCUGGUGCAGUUAUUCCUCCUGAAUUACUUCAAUCCAUCAAGAAAAGUUUGCUUCACUCUGCUUCUCCUUAUUUGCUUCAACAUUAUUCUUCUUAUUAUCAGCCUUCUUUGUUGCAAUCAGGGUACUGGGGAAGAUCAGCGAUGGAUCCGGAGCCGGGCCGGUGCCGGAGAACAGACGGAAAAAAAUGGAGGUGUUCAAAGGACGUAGUGGCCGGCCAAAAGUAUUGCGAACGCCACGUUCAUCGUGGCCGCAACCGUUCAAGAAAGCCUGUGGAAAUCCCUACACCCAUUUCCUCCGCCACCAAUACCAGUAUUUCCACCGGCGGAGGAGGUGGUGCAGGUGGUGGCGCAACCGGUAGCAGCGUCUCAUCUAUGGUUGCACCAUCUCUUGGGACUAGCUUUUCUUUUUCUGGGCAAUCGCCUUCUGCUGACUUGCUCCACCUCAAGAAUAGUUCAUCAGAUUCCAAAUCUGAAAUCAGAAGUCUACCUCUUGGGGGACCCCGAAUCGAGGUGGCCAACAGAAGUGAUGAUGGACACAUUCUGAGGCAUUUUUUUGAUGACUGGCCGCGGUCACUUCAGGAAUCUGAUAGUGCACGGCGCAAUGCUAGUGGAAUGAAUUCAGCCACCCGCCUGUCAAUUUCAACGCCCGGAAACUCUUCUUCAGAUGUAUCAUUGAAGUUAGCCACUGGAAACGGUGGCAGUGAGGCUGCUGGAUCAAGAGGCAACGAAAGGGAGCAGUCUCAAGUGAAUUGGACGGGUGGAUGGGGCACGAACCAGGUGUCCUCUUCCAUGGGAGGACCACUUGCUGAGGCGCUGAGAUCGUCCACAUCCACUUCAUCGCCAACCAGUGUUCUAUAUCAGCUCCCUCGCGGCUCGGCAUCUGAAAUUAGCUAUGUUAGCACUUGAUUUGACUUCCUUUUUGGUAUAUACAGUAAUAAUGGGUUUUCAUUUGUUUCAGUGUUUCUUUGUGGCAUGCUAUUGACAAAACAUCCCACUCAUUUUGCUGCUUUGUGAGAUUUGUACGGUCAAGUUAUUUGAUUGUUUUAAUUGACUCUAUCAUUUGUUUAUUGCAAACUAUGUGUAUGAUUUCUGUC